GUAAAUGCAAUUCUCUUGAUCCUCACAUUUUGGCUUCUUCAAGUGAAACUGUCAUCUCUGAAUACAAAUAUUUUGAGGCUGAAGGACACUCGGUAAGUUCCUGUGAUAGAGACCCACAAAAGAAUUCACCAUGUUUACACAAUGUUUACUGUGUACAGAAUGAUAUAAAUGAAAGAGAUACAUUUCUUUACAGGGCAGAGCAGCAAAAAAGAGGGCUAGGUGUAAUGGAAUUGGUAAAUUCUUUGGCAAUCAGCUUACUCAGAAAUUUAGUUAGGCAGUUGUAUAUAAAGCCAACCCUUCUCUGGUUUAAGAUGACAGCUAUGAUGAUUUAAAAGAUUGGGUAACCACACAAAUUGUAGUGACUGAACCAUAGAUUCGAACAUUAAACAAAGUUCCUAAGACAUUAACUAAAACUAGGUGAUCUUUGCGGUCCCUUUGGCUUACUAGCACAUAUUGGUGGUAUGUGACCAUACCUUUUCAUAAGAGAUCAAUUACUGAUACACAGUUAAUAGACAAAUGCAAUUCGUCUCGUUUCUAAUGUACCUUUGAAGGAAUUUUGUGAAAGUUGGACGUUCGGAUGCUUACGAAUGUCCAAAGUUCGAAUUUCCGAAUUUCCGAAGUUCCAAAGUGGGUUAGGGUUAGAAUCUAGGGGUUUUGGUUAGGGGUUAGGGUGAGGGGUUAGGGUCGGAAUUACCGAAGUUCCGAAGUGGGCUAGGGUUAGGGUAGGGUUAGGGUUUAGAGGUUUUGGUUAGGGGUUAGGCUUAGUAGUUAGGGUUAGGGGUUAGAAUCUGAAUUAUCGAAUUGCCGAAGUGCCAUUGGUCUGAAUUGCCGAAGCAGACACAUUUUUUUACUUGCUCGAAUUUCCGAACCUAAUCUUUUGCCCAUGCGCAUCCCUAGCAGUUAAGGAAUAUUAUUGAAGCUUGACCAAAGUGAUUACAGCUCAAACUGAAUUUCCAUGCGUUUAGAUUAUGCUGGAGAUAUUAAAGUCCAAUAUCUACAUUGGGGAAGUGUGGUAGUUUACUUCACCUCAACUAAAUAGAGCUAAUAUAAGCCUGGUUUAAAAACUAACGGGGUAAAGGAUAGUAUAACCAGUGUUACAUAUAUACAUGUUAUUAUAAGUUAUUUUAUAGUCAGUCAGAGGGGGGGCCUUAUUUGCAAUAUUCUGGCCCCAAAACAUAUAAAAUAUAGGCCCAUCAAGAUUUAAAUAUGCCACCAACAUGAAUUGGCAAAAUUGGGAUUAGUAAAAAAUACAGGGAAAUCCGUGGGCUUUGCUAGCUCUUUUUUUUAUUUCGCUUGUCAAUUAUCCACAACUCAAUGUUUAGUAAAUAAAUCCGAUAAUGCUAUAUUAAGAACAAAUGGCAUCAUGGGGGAGAGUUACCAAAGAACAACAGGCUUUAAUUUGACAUACACUAUAUUGGUAAAUGUUGAAAUACACUCUGUUGGUUUCAUGGCUCCUCUAUUUUUGUCUAAAUCUAAUAUGUGCACUUUUUAGAAUUUGUUUUAUAUAUACUGUAUAUAAAAUAUCACAAGAUAUUUUUUAUUCUCUUAUUUGUUAUGUUUUCCAGGAACAAUAUGAAUGGCUUAAUAUAUGUAUACCACAUCACAAUCUACUCUGGCCUUAGUAGGUGUUUUGCCAAGCAGCUCUGGAAAUAUUAUAAUUCAUUCCUGGCAGCAAUAUUCUGUCAUUGUUACUCUUACAGACUUAUUCAAUAAAGGGAGAAUUCAGAGUGAAUUCAGAGUGAAUUCAAGUAGCUGAACUGAAGGUAUAGCUCACUUAGACAUUUUUUUCGGUUUGGCUAUUUCGACCUUAAUUUUGAAAUUCACUUUGAAUUUUCACUUUGGUGAAUACCCUGUAAGUUUUCACAAAACUUGUAUCUAAAACAGGCUUUGUGAGCAGAGUCAAAAAUAUCUGCAAUGUAGUCCUAAACCUGGCACAAUGGAAGUGUUUUGUGAAUGGGCUAUACCAAUGGGUAUAUGUGCUACAGCAUACUUCAAAUCCUAAAUUGUGUUCCUUUAUGGAAACAUUUACAAAGGAGACAGUUUCAAAGAAAUAUGUUUGUUUAUCAAAGGACGUGACAUCAGAGGAAGGCAAAACAAUGAAGGGGGGUUGCAGAUAUAUUAAUGGGACACUCAAAGCACCAUAACCACUACAUGGUCUUGUAGCAGUUACAAUCUGUGUAGUCUAUGCUAUUUAAAAGCAGCUAGACCUCCUAUGGAGGACUGCACCAGGAGAUACCUGCUACCGUAACCUCUAUGAUGAACUUAAGUGAUCACGGUGCUUAGAGUAUCCCUAUAAAGUCUAAUACAUUAGUAAAUGUAUGGUUAAGAGCACACUGUACUAAACUUCUCUCCUAAACUCUCCAUAGCCUCCUGACAUUUAAAGCACUGGCACAGCUAUUUAUACUAGGCCCAACUUGGAUUAUUGGCAUCUUCCAGUUUGGACCUGGAGCCCAAGUCAUGUCUUACAUCUUUACUGCAUGUAACACCCUGCAGGGAGUCUUCUUCUUCAUUGUGCACUGCUUGCUCAAUCAUCAGGUUAAUAUAUUGUGUUUAUAUGUGUGUAUGGUAUCUAUGAUGUAUGGUAAGCGCAUUUGUAAACAAUGAAUGGUGCAUCAAAAUAAUGACUUUUUAAAAAAAUGCAAGAAAUCAAAAUUAAUAGACCCCAAUGGGAAUUUCUCUAGUUUUACAUUGUUUUUCUUUCUUACUUGGGUACCACUUGGGUGCUAAUAGAAUUAUCAAUUACUCCGGCAGUAUACAGUUAUAGCUAAUAACCAUGAAAACAGCUAACAAUAACGAUGCCUGGAAGGUGCCUGUUAAACAAUGAUAUAUCUAUUAUCUACCAAGCAACUAACUCUGUAUAUAUGUUACUGUGCUUAUAAUAUUUAAUAUAUAGAACCUAAUAUGUGCUACACAGUUGAGGGAUGAGUACUGCAGAAUAUUUCACAAGGUCUGGACCUGCAGAAAGUCAGCGCCACCCUCGCCAUGACUAGCAAACAAACCUCUGUAAGUAUCGGCUCUGUCUGUGUAAUUAGCAUUUUAUUUAUUUCUCCAUUGAAUUCAGCUUAUUUAUAUACCUAACAACUGAAAACAAGUUUAUUUGUAUUUUAUUUUCCCUUCUCUGCCCCUCAUAUGUCUUGUCUCUUUUUAAAGGUGAAACAAAGUGAAUGGACAUUAAUGAAAUUGAUCCAGGCACUCCAGCAUAUUCCAAAAUGUAAAAAAAAUCCAAAAGGCAAUUUUUAUUGGAACAAGGAACCAAAAGGCAACGUUUCGACCCCCUGACAAAGGCCCUAAGGGGUCGAAACGUUGCCUUUUGGUUCCUUGUUCCAAUGGAUUAUUCUUCAAUUGGUCCUUUUUUGGUACUGGGACUUGUCCACUAGAGCACCCUGAAUUCCAGACGAAGGAUUGAGUGCACUUCCAUCACCUACAUAUAUUAAUGAAAUUGAUAUCUUGUUUAUAUGAUUUGAACAAAGUAUAAAUAAGAGUAAAAUAAAAAACAGCAAGCAAACAAUAAUUAGCAUCACAAAAUAUUAACAAAAAAAAUAGUAGUAUCCAUAGGAAAUCAUUUAAGAAUCGUGAUAUAAUUUUAAAACAUUUUGGACAAACUGCCAUUGGAACUUGGAACAUAACAUAGGCCACAAUCCUUCAACCUGGGGCUUAAAGUGGUUCUGUCAACUUUUGAGGCAUUUGUAUAUUUUUCAAAGACCCCAGAUGGUGACUGCUCCACUUGUAGUGAG